AUGUCGCGAAGGCGCACAUUGCGGAUCGGUGGUUGCUACGCACCUAAGCUGGAUCGGGCCAACUACUACCGCUUCUAUGACCACGCGUGCCGCUCGGUCGUGGUGUCGCCCAUAGCUGCCACGCUGCCCAUCUAUGAUGAACAGACGAGCUCGGGCCUCCGGUACGGAGCUAUCGGAUCGCUUGUCUCCGAGGCGCUCUUCGAGGCCUUCUACGAAACGCGCGAUCACCUUCGCCCGGCGCAACGGGAGAAGCUCAACAGUGCACGAACGUGUAUCGAACGCUCCAUUUUCAAGGUGGACACGGUCGAAAACAUGGAGGAGGCCUUCUUGCUGUACGGCGGCCACGUGGCACUGUGGUCGGCAUAUCGCUCCGAAGUGUACCUGCAGGAUCGACGGCUGCCGGGGCUCGAGGAGUACUCGGAAGACAUGCUCUUCUUCAUCGCCUUCUGCCUAAUUCAGUGCGGUGGCAGCGCCAUGCCCAGGGACACGCUGUGCAACAUACCGCUCAAAAGCUCUUCAUACUUCGCGGAGGCAUUCACCUGUCCGCUGGGUAGCGCCAUGAAUCUCGGAAACCGAUGCUCUUACGUAUGACCCUUCCCGCUAGGCGAUGCGGGCAUUUAUGAUUUUGUAGGGAUGUACCAUUUGAUUGAUUGUUUUUGUAUCUGUGAAAGACGUCAUUGUGACGAAGUCGCUCUGUACAGAUUCAGACUACUGAUAAUAAGUUAGA